UAACUACGCACAAGUAUGGCGGUCUGAGAGUUGUCACAACUGUUUUGAUGGUGCAAAUAACAAUAUUUUGCCAUUUUCAAAACAUCCUAUUUCCAAAAUUGGUGUUUAUUUAAACGAAUAGCCACAUUGCGACUCAGACCAUCAUGCCGUCGGCCUGUGACUCCCUGAUUGAAGACAUUGAGGACAUGGUGUCCUCUAGUGACCCCACUCCUCACGAGAGACAGUCUGCCAGAAAGAGCAUCAUACCCAGGUCCAGGAAGAAAAAGGAGCUUCAAAACCAAGAGGAGCUUCAAGCUGACAGUUUGAUCCCUGGCACCCAAAAAGUCUGGAUGAAAACAUGGGGCUGCAGUCAUAACAACUCAGAUGGAGAGUACAUGGCCGGACAGCUCGCUGCCAGCGGCUACAAGAUGACUGAUGACCCAGCAGACGCAGACCUUUGGGUGCUCAACAGCUGCACCGUGAAAAACCCAGCAGAGGACCACUUCAGAAACUCAAUCAAAAAAGCCCAGGAGCAGCAGAAAAAGGUGGUAGUAGCAGGCUGUGUUCCCCAGGCUCAGCCCCGGAUGGACUACCUCAAAGGACUCAGCAUUAUUGGGGUCCAGCAGAUUGAUCGAGUGGUGGAAGUAGUGGAUGAGGCUGUUAAAGGCCACUCGGUGCGUCUGUUGGGUCAGAAGAAAGACGGAGGCCGCAGGCUUGGCGGAGCAAGACUGGACCUGCCCAAGAUCAGGAAGAACCCUCUCAUUGAAAUCAUCUCCAUUAACACUGGGUGUCUGAAUGCAUGUACCUACUGCAAGACGAAGCAUGCCAGAGGAGACCUGGCCAGCUAUCCAAUCGAGGAGCUCGUGGAGAGAGCCAGGCAAUCUUUCCAGGAGGGAGUGUGUGAGAUCUGGUUAACCAGUGAAGACACAGGAGCGUAUGGUAGAGACAUCGGGACGGACUUGCCAACUUUGCUGUGGAGAUUGGUGGAAGAGAUCCCUGAGGGAGCCAUGCUGAGGCUGGGUAUGACCAACCCUCCAUAUAUCCUGGAGCACCUUGAGGAGAUGGCCAAGAUAUUGAAUCAUCCACGUGUCUAUGGUUUCCUCCAUGUUCCCGUGCAGUCAGCCUCAGACAGCGUCCUGAUGGACAUGAAGAGAGAGUAUUGUGUUGACGACUUCAAAAAAGUGGUGGACUUCCUCAAAGAGAGGGUCCCAGGUGUAACCAUUGCUACAGAUUUAAUCUGCGGUUUCCCUGGUGAGACGGAAGAAGACUUCCAAGAGACCGUAGAUUUGGUGAAGCUGUACCGAUUCCCCAGUCUGUUCAUCAACCAGUUCUACCCCAGACCAGGGACACCUGCCGCUAAGAUGGAGCAAGUACCAGCACAAGUGAAAAAGCAGAGGACGAAAGAGCUGUCACAACUCUUCCACUCUUACAACCCGUACGACCACAAGGUAGGAGAGAGGCAACACGUGUUGGUGACGGAAGAGUCAUUUGAUGCCCAAUACUAUGUGGCUCACAACAAGUUCUAUGAACAGGUGCUGGUGCCAAAGAGAGCUGAGUUCAAAGGGAAGAUGAUUGAGGUGGACAUCUACGAGGCAGGAAAACACUUUCUGAAAGGCAGACCAGUAGAAGAGAGUAAACCCUUCACUCCCUCCAUAGCUGCACCGCUGCAGAAAGGAGAGGUGUCUGGACUCAUGCAGGAAAAGAUGGCCAAUGGCGUCCAAGGUCCUGCUUCUUCUGUGCCUUCUUCAUCAGUUGUGCUGAUCGGCUCGUACAGUCUGGACAGGGAAGCACUGAAGAAGCUGGGAAUCGGGCUUACUUUGGCAGCAGCCAUCUUGGCCUUUAUUGUAGAGAAACUGUAUUGAUGGAUCGACUGCAAACCAGAGGAAGACUGUGAAGAAUGGAGAGGACAGUGACAUCACAGGAAACUGAAGAGUGUGAACACAGUGAUUGAACUGUCUCCUUGAAUCCGCUGGAACAUACUCCACAUGCUCUGAUUCAAUUUUGAAUAAACCCAAAGACAAAGUCUGUGUCUGUGUAGGGACGCCAAUAAUUAACCAUAUAACCGUUAACAGACAAUAAUAAUGUUAAGACUCUUUGUUGCAACAGGUGCAACCACAUGUGUCUUUUAUUGAAGAGCUUAAACAUUAAGCACUGCAGAAAGUAUAUUGGAGCCUUAACCCAUUGAGGCCUGGAAAGCGUUUACGUCAUUUUGUAGUAUUUAUAUAAGCUCUCAAAUACUUUUUGAAUUUCAUUUCUAUCUGCUACAGAGGCUGAAAAAUCUAUUAUUUAGUAGAAGCGUUGACACUUCUGUUGAAUUUCCAGAAAAACUUCAGGUUUUAGGGGCUGAUUUUAAAAUCACCCAGAGGUUUUACAGGAAGUUUUAGGCGUCAAUUGGUUAACUGCUGGACGAGUGAACUGGUACUCAGUUGUCUGUUAACGGUUAGUGAUUAAUGAUUGGUUACAACGGUCGGUUGUUGGUCAGAAAAAAAUAUGUAAAUUAACAUCCCUAGUUCUGUGAGAUUUCUGUUUUUAGUGCAGUUAGAGUUUUUUUUUAUUAAAGUUAGACAUUUUAAUUAAAGGGCAUAGUUUGUCACUUUGCAGUCAUUUUACCCAGUUUGCUACAAACAAAGUGUUGUCAGUCUCUUCUUCUGUCACUGAGUAGAAACCUGAGCAAAAUCCCUUUUGAAGUCUAGUUACACUCAAUUUGAAUUUUGAUCUAUUUCAAGAACAAUCUGUUUCAUAUUUCUGUUUCUAAGAGUUUUUUAAGUGUAGACUGGUUUAGAAAAAUGAUCAACUUUUUUUUCUAUAAUUCACUGAUGUCUGCAGCCUGACAUUGUCCAUAAAUGUUUAUAAAUUAAGCACAACUCAACAGGUUGAUACACAUGAUAACACACAUUAUCCUCUUCUGUGUGAGAAUAAAGUAUGAAGAUGAUGAA